AUCGGUGUAAACGAAUCGGACAUACUGACGCGUUGAAUCAGUCGAAUGUCAAAGAACAACAGCAAGUGUGGUGGUGGAGUCAUGGCAGAUCAGGCAGUGUUAGCGGACACGGGACUGACACAGCGUGUACUGAUGUUUCUCGGUAUUCAUAGUCUCUUCUUCAAUGUUUUCAGUUUCUUGGACAAGACAGUGAGAUCAUGGUGGAUAACCAAUUGGCUGCCAUCCUGGUGCCCAACAUCUCAAAAUCAACUGAAGGAGGCAGAGGAGAGGAUGCUACAGCACAUCAGAAGCAAGUUCUUCAAACAGUUCGUCAACAUAUCUGACAACAACAUGUUGUGGACAUUGGUGUUUAAGGGGCCCAUGGAAAGUAAAACCCCUCUUGUGCUGCUGCAUGGAUUUGGUGGAGGUGUGGGACUUUGGGCCUUGAACCUGGACUCUCUCUCUCAGCAAAGGCCUGUUUAUGCUCUUGACAUGCUGGGCUUUGGCCAAAGCAGCAGACCUCACUUCAGCACGGAUGCCCGGGAGGCUGAGCUCCAGUUUGUGGAGUCUAUUGAACAGUGGAGGGAGAAACUGGGCCUGGAGAGCAUGAUUUUACUGGGCCAUAACCUCGGAGGAUAUCUGGCUUCCUCCUAUGCAAUUAAAUACCCUACCAGGGUAAAGCAUUUGGUUCUGGUGGAACCAUGGGGGUUUCCAGAUCGACCUGAACCCGGAGACCAAGACAGACCCAUUCCUGUGUGGAUCAAAGCUUUGGGGGCAAUGCUGACACCAUUCAACCCCCUUGCUGGUCUUCGGCUGGCUGGACCGUUAGGUCCCACACUUGUGCACACACUGAGACCGGACUUCAGAAAGAAAUUUGCUGCCGUGUUUAAUGACAGUACAGUCACUGACUAUAUCUACCAUCUGAAUGUUCAAAGCCCAAGUGGUGAAACAGCCUUUAAAAACAUGACCAUUCCAUAUGGCUGGGCAAAGAGGCCUAUGCUGCAGAGAAUUGGCCUGAUUCACAGCGACAUCCCCAUUACUGUGAUCUAUGGCUCACGCUCCAGCAUAGAUGGCCACUCCGGCAAUUCAAUCAAAGAAAUGAGGCCAAACUCCCAUGUAGAGAUCAUUGCCAUUCGAGGUGCAGGACACUAUGUGUAUGCAGACCAGCCAGAGGAUUUCAACCAGAAGGUACUUCAUAUCUGUGAAACACUAAACUGAAGUCCUUACUUUCUGGAACUAUGUCAAGUUAAACGUGGCAUAUGCAGUAUAUCUACAUAUCAGGGAAACUUUAUGAUGCCAGUAUCAGCUCAACAGGAUCAUCUCGAAUUCAAGCUAAACUGGAUUUGGAAACCUGAUGUUUGUUUUGCACCACUAAAAUGUAAUACAUAUUUUUAUAUGUGACAUAAUUUUGAGUACAAGAACCAUAUGUAUAUUUCUAAAAUAUUGUUCGCCUCAGGUUGUAAUUACGUAUACGCACAUACACACAUAAUAUUACAAUGUGAUAAAACUGGAUGAUAUUUAUUUUGUGGCACUGAGCUUUAUCGUAUAGCUUUAUUUAAAUACUGUUUAAAGAAUGGAUAAUAUAUUAAUGAUUGAUUUCAAUCUUUGACAUGACUUUACUCAGUCAAUAUUAAAGAUAUCAAGGCUGAUAAAAUGUACAUUAUAUUAUGAAGGAUGAUAUGUAAAAAAAAACAGUAAAUCACAAAUUACUUUAGCUUUCACAGACUGGGUCA